AUUCCGUAUUUGUUGUUAUGGGAUGGCGCUAAAUUUAAAAUCAAAAAGUAAACAAAUGACAAAGUAUUAAAGGACUAAAGCACAAUUUGCACUCCCAGUAAAAUAUGUAUUCCAAAAUCAAAUCAAAUAGAAUACCUGUUGAACUACAGCAAAUCGAAAAGACACAAGAUGCCCACGGUAUAUCUUGCAUUCCCAAAACUGAUUCCGAUUUUUCCAGUUUAAUAGCCACAAUCCCAGGACCCAAAGACUCUCCUUAUGCCAGUGGAAUGUUUGAAUUAAGCAUUAUAGUUGGUGACCAAUAUCCAUUUAGACCACCGACUUUUAAGUUCAUUACACCAGUUUUUCAUCCAAAUAUUGAUAGCAGUGGUCAAAUAUGUCUUGAUUUGUUAAAAAUGCCUCCAGUUGGUACUUAUAAUCCUGCAAUAAGAUUAGAAUCAAUCUUGUUGUCUAUUCAGCUCCUCCUAGCCAAUCCAAAUCCAGAUGAUCCAUUGCAAGGCGAUGCUGCUGAUUUGUACAAAAGUAAUCUUGAAAUGUUUAAUCAAAAAGCUCGGGACUAUACAUAUUUGCAUGCAGUUAAAAAGGACUCAGAGGAAGAAGUCCCAUCUAAGAAGCAAAAGUUGUCACAGUAAUUUUUGUCUUGGUUUUUUGUUCAUUUAUUUAUUUUUCAUUAAAGUUUCUAUU